AUGGAUGGUGAAUAUAUGGUUUCUGGGAGUAAUAAUAAGAGGACUAAAGAGAUGGAGGAUGGUAUCGAUUCGGAUGAUAAUGAGCUGAUAUUUAAAAUCAGGAAGCUACGCGGUGUGAAAAAGAAGGUUUUCUCGGGGCCCGAGGAGGAGAUAUGUGGCAUUGGAGGAGGCGAGAAUGCUGAAUCUGUUGGGGAAUUUGUUGAUGUAGAACGGAAGGAUUUGGGAGGUAUGGAGGAUACCCUAGCAUGUUUUAGGAAGAGAUUGAAGGGUCCUAAGAGAGAUCGGGGUUCUAGAGAUGCGGGAGGGAAUGCGUCUACUCUGAAUGUGGUGGCAGAGUCUUCUGAUGGGUGUUUCGAUGUUUCUUGCCAGUAUGCAGAUUUGGAUGAAAGAUCUUUGUUGAAUGAGGACGGUGUAUGUGAGGGGAGGGAUGGUGGGGAUAAUGGUUCUGAUUUGGAUAUGGAUAUGAAAGUAGAGGGACCUAAUGUGGAUUUGGCAAUGAAGGGAGUUCAGGAUGGUGACGUGUCUGAAGGUGAUUUGGUUGUGCACGAGUCUAGAAAUACUCCAAAAGAUGAAAAAGGGGUUGGUGUUUUGCUUAAUGCUGAUAUGCAACAUUCUUCUGAUGAAACAAUGGGAGAUUCUUUGCCGGAAAUGUUACGAAUGCCACAAUCUGGUUUUGUUAGCAAGUCUUGUACUCCUGUCAGUUCAGAGCAGAAAUGUGGCAUUGGGGGCCAGAAUUUGAAUGACGGGUUGUGCCCUGACUCCAAAAGUGCCAGCAAAACUGCUGAUGGUAUUCACAAUUCAAACAUUCCUGAUGGGCCAUUAGCUGAUCCCUGUUUUUCAGCCAACGUCUGCUAUGGAGAUAGCCAGCCGCUGUCUUGUGUACGAUCUGAAGACAUUUGUUCUCCUUCUGAUCAAAAGACCGAACUACAAGAAAUGAUUAUCAAUGAUGGUUUAAAGAAGUGUUCCAUCGUAUUGCAUGACGUUGAAGAAAUCACUGACACCAUGUCUAUCCCUAAAAUGGGGGAAAGGGUGUCUCCAAUUAUUGAGGGUGAGCUCAAGAAAAUAUUGACCGAUGACAAAGUAGAAUUGUGUAACAUUCCUUCAAAAUUCAGUGAUGUUGCUUCCAAGGACAAAGAAAAGUUCUCCCCUUGUGACUAUGAGCCAUUAGCUAAAUCAUCUGAGAAUAUGCUGUGUGAAAAUAUUCAUCAGGUUUCUGAAAAAGUAUUACAGGGAUCCUCAAGACAUGGAGUUAUGUCAUUCUUUGGAUGCCAACCGGAAUCAGAUGUAGGUGUGUAUUCUGAAACUAAGUUUGUCUCUGGUAGAAGUUGCGGUGAUCAGAGUAUCAUAGAUACACAGGAUGAAGGGCAAGAUUUUGUUUCAGAUGAUUUGCUGAAAAAAAAUUCUGCUGUUUCCGGUGGUUGUUUGCAUCCUAUGGUGUCCACUGAAACAAAUAAAUCUGAUUUGGAUGUUCAGCCAAAUCACCCAGAGAUACCUCCAGAAACACACAAUAUUCCAAAGAACUCCGAUGCCUAUAUUCCUAAAUGCAGUUUGGUAUUAGAUCCGACUCAACCUUCCAAGAAUACAUUUGAAAAUACUUCUCUUGCAAAUGGUGAUUGUUUCUAUGCUAACAGAGACUCUGAAGGUGCCUCCCCUCAGAACACAAUUCCAGAAGAGAAUGAGAAUUCUGCAGAAAAUGAUGCCUCUGUGUCUGAGGUAGCCAACUUUGAUGAUAAGACAUCAGCUGUUAUUCGCCGCAAGACAAAAAAGCGUCGGCAUGGAGACAUGGCGUAUGAAGGGGAUGCUGAUUGGGAGGGUUUAAUAAACGACCAAGCUUUUCUUGAAAGCCAAGGCGUUGUUGAUGGGGAGCGCAUUCUUAAACCAAGAGGGAAGCUUGAAUCUUCUUUGAAUGCUAUUGAAGAGUCUGAAAGUGAUGCAGUAGCCGUAUCAGCUGGAUUGAAAGCCCAUGAAGCUGGACCAGUUGAGAAAAUAAGAUUUAAGGAAAUCUUAAAGCGUAAAGGGGGUCUCCAGGAAUAUUUAGAUUGCAGAAAUCAGAUCCUAGCUCUUUGGGGCUGUGAUAUCACACGUAUUUUGCUUCUUGCUGACUGUGGGGUUCACGAUACUCCUUCUGAGGAUGAACCUCCCCGCUCUUCUCUUAUUAGGGAUAUCUACACAUUUCUCGAUCAAUGUGGUUAUAUAAAUGUUGGAAUUGCUUCUCUAAAAGACAAUGUUGAAAAUAGUGCAAGGCAUAAUUAUACACUUGUAGGAGAAAAAGGAUAUGAAGAAAGUUAUACAGCUUCUGUUGCUGACUCUGAAGAUGGAGUUUCCUUUAUUGUUGGUCAGACUAAAAAAUCAGAUGCUUCUGUAGAAAUUAAGUGCGAUCCUAUAGUAGGUAAUAAAGACCUGGCAACUGAAGCUACAGAAGACAGAAGGAAUGUUGAUGUGGUGACAAUGGAUAUAUCAAGCAUGACAAAGCAUGAUGAGAGAAAGAUUGAUGAUUGCCUGGAAAAAGGUGGGAUUCAGGAUGGAUUCAGUGAAAUUAUACACGGGAAUGUUAACAGUUCUGAGCAAAGCAAUGAGUCAACCUGUGUUAAAUCUGGCUUGUGUGAUCAGAUAGGUGAUAUUCUGAACUCUGAUUCAGAGGUUAGAAAGAGAGUGAUUGUCAUUGGAGCCGGUCCUGCUGGUCUCACUGCUGCUCGCCACUUGCAACGUUUGGGAUUUCCUGUAACUGUACUUGAGGCAAGGAGUAGAAUAGGGGGUCGAGUAUUUACAGACCGCUCAUCUCUUUCUGUCCCUGUGGAUCUUGGUGCUAGUAUAAUCACUGGUGUUGAGGCUGAUGUGGCUACUGAGAGAAGACCAGAUCCUUCUGCGUUGGUUUGUGCUCAGUUGGGUCUUGAGUUGACCGUGCUAAACAGUGACUGUCCUCUAUAUGACAUAGCGAUGGGACAAAAAGUUCCAGUAGAUAUGGAUGAAGCACUGGAAGCUGAAUUCAAUAGUCUUCUUGAUGACAUGGUGUUGCUUGUUGCCCAGAAGGGUGACCAGGCUAUGCGAAUGUCCCUUGAAGAUGGUUUAGAAUAUGCCCUCAAGAGGCGCCGUUUAGAACGCUCUCGAAGAAGUAACAAACAAAAUAAUUACGCAUAUGGUUCAUUUGGUUUGAAAAGAGGCAUAAUUCAUGGCAAAGAAAUGGAAGAGGUUUUGAGUCCUCCCGAAAGAAGGGUAAUGGAUUGGCACUUUGCUAACUUGGAGUAUGGAUGUGCUGCUCUGCUGAAGGAGGUUUCUCUUCCCUACUGGAAUCAAGAUGAUGUGUAUGGAGGAUUUGGAGGAGCUCAUUGUAUGAUUAAAGGGGGUUACAGCACUGUUGUCGAAUCUUUAGGAGAAGGGCUUGACAUCCAUUUGAACCAUGCUGUAACAAAUGUGUCUUAUGGAAGCACAGAAUCAGGCCCGGGUAAUAAAGUCAAAGUUUCUACAUCAAAUGGCAAUGAGUUCUUUGGAGAUGCUGUUCUGAUUACUGUUCCAUUGGGCUGCUUGAAGGCUGAAACUAUAAAAUUCUCUCCACCUUUACCCCCUUGGAAAUAUUCUUCCAUUGAGCGUCUUGGAUUUGGAGUUCUCAAUAAAGUGGUCUUGGAAUUUCCUAGUGUGUUUUGGGAUGAUGCUGUUGACUACUUUGGAGCAACAGCUGAAGAGACAAGCAGAAGAGGCCACUGCUUUAUGUUCUGGAAUGUCAGGAAGACAGUGGGGGCUCCGGUCCUCAUAGCAUUAGUGGUUGGGAAAGCGGCCAUAGAUGGUCAGAAUUUAAGCUCUUCCGAUCACGCCAACCAUGCGUUAAUGGUUCUUCGCAAACUUUUUGGGGAGGCUUCGGUACCUGAUCCCGUUGCUUAUGUUGUGACUGAUUGGGGUAGGGAUCCUUUUAGCUAUGGUGCUUACUCUUAUGUUGCUAUUGGAGCAUCAGGAGAACACUAUGAUAUAUUAGGGAGGCCAGUUGAUAACUGUUUGUUUUUUGCUGGUGAAGCAACCUGCAAAGAGCACCCUGAUACAGUUGGUGGUGCAAUGAUGAGUGGACUCCGAGAGGCUGUGCGCUUAAUUGACUUAUUUAGCACUGGACAUGAUUAUACGGCAGAGGUGGAGGCAGUGGAGGCUGCACUGAAACAGUCAGAUACUGAAAGAGAAGAAGUUAGGGAUAUUAUAAAGAGACUUGAUGCAGCAGAACUUUCUAACAUAUUGUACAAGAAGUCUUUGGACGGUGCUCGCAUCUUAAGCCGAGAAACUUUACUAAGGGACUUGUUCUCAAAUGCAAAAACCAAUGCUGGGCGCUUGCAUGUGGCCAAACAGUUGCUACGUCUUCCUGUUGAAAACUUGAAGUCCUUUGCUGGGAGUAAAAGGGGGCUAAGCAUUCUUAACUCAUGGAUACUGGACUCAAUGGGGAAGGAUGGCACCCAACUCUUGCGACACUGUGUGCGUCUUCUUGUGCUUGUUUCGACUGAUUUACUUGCUGUGCGCUCAUCAGGCAUUGGAAAAACAGUGAAGGAAAAAGUUUGUGUACAUACUAGCCGUGAUAUUCGUGCUAUAGCAAGCCAGUUGGUUAGCGUAUGGCUUGAAGUCUUCCGCAAGGAAAAGGCAUCUAGUGGAGGACGAAAGCUGUCAAGACAGGCAAAUACUGUAGAUAUAUCAAAGAGAAAAUCAAUUAACGAUCCAGCAUCAGCUUCCAUUGCACAUAUGAAGAAAUCACAUGGCAAGCAAGGGAAUCAGCAAGCGGCAAAUGAUUUAAGGCGUGAUGUCAGUUCUUCCAAGUCCCAAGGUUCGACAGGAAAAAUAGACACUGAGAUGAAGGAUACCCACUGUGCUAUGUCUGAGGAAAAAAAGGCUGCUAUUGCUGCUGCAGAAGCUGCUCGUGCCAAAGCACUUGCUGCGGCUAAGGCAUAUACUUCUGCUGAAGUUAGGAGCAAUACACAACUCAUGCUUCCGAAGAUACCCUCAUUCCACAAAUUUAAGAGUCGGGAGCAAUAUUCACAAAAUGGUGACAGUGAUAUUAGGAAAAAACGGUCUGGUGGUAUCUUGUUGGGAAAGCAAGAUUGUAUUUCAGAGAUUGAUUCUAGAAAUUGCAGAGUUAGGGACUGGUCUGUUGAUUUCUCUGCUGCUUGUGUUAACCUUGAUAAUUCCAGAAUGUCAGCUGAUAACCUGUCACAGCGAAGUCAUUCAAAUGAGAUUGCAAGCCAUUUGAAUUUCAGAGAGCACUCGGGAGAAAGUGUUGCAGUGAACAGCAGUUUAUACACCAAAGCUUGGAUUGACUCAGCCGACGGUGAGGGAGUAAAAGAUUACCAGGCCAUCGAGAGAUGGCAAUCUCAAGCAGCGGCAGCUGGUUCUGAUUUCUCCAAUCCUGCCAUACAUUUGAAACAUGAAGAGGAUUCAAAUGCCUGUUCAAGGUUACCCAAUUGGAAGCAUGACGGAGUGGCAAAUGACAGCUCUAUUUCACAGGUUACUGUGAAUAAGGAGAAUUCAAAAAGUCAUUCUCAUAAUUCAAAAAGUCAUUCUCAUAAUUCAAAAAGUCAUUCUCGAGGAGCAGAUCGUAUCAAACAGGCGGUCGCGGAUUAUGUUGCAUCUUUACUUAUGCCUCUUUAUAAGGCAAAGAAACUAGAUAGGGAUGCGUACAAGGCUAUAAUGAAGAAAAGUACUGCCAAGGUCAUGGAGCAAUCCACCGAUGCGGAUAAAGCCAUGUCUGUUCAAGAGUUUCUAGAUUUCAAGCGGAAGAAUAAGAUUCGACCUUUUGUGGACAAAUUGAUCGAGAGACACAUGGAAAUGAAACCAGAUGUGAAAUCUUGA